AUGAUUCCGAGUGAGAUCUUUGCUGAAGAUAUGAUGAGUACCAUCAUUCGGUACGGACUCUACAUUGGGGCAGCAUUUCAACUAGUUUGCUUACUGGCAAGUGUUACCCUUACGGACGACCAAAGUGAACCUUACCCAUAUGAAAAGUCCUACACUGACAGCGAUGAAUGUAGUUCAGAACAAUCAUCUCCCGGACAUCGAGCAACAAUCUCUAGAGCACGAAGGCAUGACAAGAAAAAACGGCGUUAA